CAUGCGCCGCUGGUCCCCUCAUCGGCUAAUGCAGUGAAUAGAGUGAGAAUCAUCCCGAGUAAAGACGGCUGUUGACCUUGCUGCGCCAUGGCCCAGUAUGGGGGACAGAAGAAUCCACCAUGGGCAACCCAGUUUUCUGCCACAGCAGUGUCCCAGCCGAGCCACUCAGGACCAUCACUGGACCUCAAUAGUUUGCACUCUCUUGGCGUACAACAACCCUCUCUCCUGGGGGCUUCGCCCUCAGUUUACUCCCAGCAGACCGCCUUGGCUGCUGCCUCUCUCAGCAACCAAUCUGCUGCAAACUAUCAGCUGACUCAGCAAACUGCUGCAUUGCAGCAGCAAGCUGCAGCAGCUGCUGCUGCCGCUGCUCUUCAGCAGUCUCAGAUCAAUUCAGCGCUCCAGCAGUAUCAGCAACAGCAGCAACAGCAACAACCCCAGCAGCCUCCUCAGCAGCCGCUGUACAGUGUUCCUCAUCAGCUUCCUCAGCCACAACAAGCACUAAUUUCACAGCCUCCAGUUGCCAUGGCCACCAGUCUCAGUCUGUCCAACCCUCAGCAGACAGCCCAGAUAACCGUGUCCUACCCAACUCCGCGCUCAAGCCACCAGCAGCAGACUCAGCCGCAGAAGCAGCGAGUCUUCACUGGUGUCGUCAACAAACUGCAUGACACUUUUGGCUUCGUAGAUGAAGAUGUUUUCUUUCAACUGAGUGCUGUGAAAGGGAAGACACCCCAGGUGGGUGACAGAGUCCUGGUGGAAGCUGUGUACAACCCCAACAUGCCCUUUAAGUGGAACGCCCAGCGCAUCCAGACAUUACCUCAGCUCGCCAAUCAAUCACAUCAGCAGCAAGCUCAGCCAUUACCUCAAGCUUCCCCACAACUUGGCGGUCUGUACAAUGAGCCAGGGAUGCAGCUGCGCUAUUCUGACAUGCAUCCUCCUGCGGACAACAGACAAAAUAGUCAGCCCCAGCCUCCCAAUAUUAUGAAGCCAGCUCCCAGCAUCCUCCAGUCACUUCCUCCUCCAACCACUUUCAGUGUUCCAUCCCAGGCUCCCCCUCCCUCAUUGCUCCAGGCCCAACUGUCUGCUGCCUCGCUUGCCCCUCUCCUCCAAAACCCCCCUCAGCCUCUGCUGGCCCAGCCUCCACCCAAAGAUGUGUUUUCUGGAGGUCUGCUUGCUCCUCCAGUCAGAAUGAUUCCACAGCCACAACCUGUAAGGCGGAUUGAGCCUCCACCCCGAUUCCCCAAUCGUAAUGAUAGAGGUCCAGAGCUUAUCCUCCGGAAUAAAGAGGAUCGCAGCCGUGACAGAGAUCGUGAACGCAGACGGUCCAGAGAGCGCUCGCCGACACGCAAACGUUCCAGAGACCGCUCUCCAAGAAGAGAUCGGUCCCCCCGUCGACCCCGCCGGGUUGUUCCUCGUUACACCGUCCAGUUUUCCAAGUUCAGUUUAGAUGGUUCAAGCUGUGACAUGAUGGAGUUGAGGAGGCGCUACCAGAGCCUCUACAUUCCCAGUGACUUCUUCAACGCCGUCUUCUCUUGGGUGGACGUGUUUCCUUUAGCAAGACCCUUCCAGUUCAGUAACGCCUGCAAUUUUCACAUUUUGCAUAAAGAGGUGGAUCCUCUAAUGAAGAACACAGCCGUCCUGGACCCACCUGAUGCCAACCACACCUACAGUGCCAAGGUGAUGCUGCUGGCUAACCCCAGCUUAGAAGAGCUUUAUCACAAGUCAUGUGCUCUGGCUGAGGACCCUCAAGAAGUCAGAGAUGCUUUUCAGCACCCUGCAAGACUGAUAAAGUUUUUGGUGGGAAUGAGAGGUAAAGAUGAGGCCAUGGCCAUCGGUGGUCACUGGUCUCCCUCUCUGGAUGGAGCUGACCCAGAGAAGGAUGUGUCCGUCCUAAUAAGGACAGCCAUACGCUGUUGCAAGGCUCUCACAGGCAUAGAUCUUAGUCUGUGCACUCAGUGGUAUCGUUUUGCAGAGAUUCGCUAUCAUCGGCCGGAGGAGACACACAAGGGGCGGACAGUCCCCGCUCAUGUGGAGACAGUGGUUUUGUUUCUUCCGGAUGUUUGGCAUUGUCUUCCUACCCGCUCAGAGUGGGAGGUGCUGUCACGGCGACUCCGGGAGCAGCUGUCUGAGAAGCUAGCAGCCGAGCGAAAGGAGGCAGAUGGAGAACAGGACGAAGAGGACAAGGACGACGAUGAGACGAAGGACAUCAGCACCCCGACGCACUGGGCUAAGCUUGAUCCGAAAUCCAUGAAGGUGAACGACCUGCGACGGGAACUGGACUGCCGCUCUCUCAGUUCAAAGGGUCUGAAGUCCCAGCUGAUCGCUCGACUCACCAAGCAGCUGAAGGUGGAGGAGCAGGUGGAGGAGGCAAGAGAGCCAGAGAAGCCGGACCUGAAAGUACCAGAGGAAGAAGAGCUGUCUCGUCCUGAGGAAGACAAAGAGGAGGAGGAGAGGAGAAAGCAGGAGGAGCUGGAGCGCCAGCGGAGAGAGAGGCGCUACGUCCUGCCCGAUGAACCCACCAUUCUUGUUUACCCCAACUGGGCAGCCAAGAACGGCAAGUUUGACUGCAGCGUGAUGUCGCUGAGCGUGCUCCUGGACUACAGGCUGGAGGACAACAAGGAGCAUUCAUUUGAGGUGUCCCUGUUUGCUGAGCUUUUUAAUGAGAUGCUUCAGAGGGACUUUGGGUUCCGUAUUUUUAAAGCCCUGGCUGCGAUUCCUACCAAGGAGGACAAGAAGGACAAAGAGAAGAAGAAUAAGAAAGAGACAGAAAAACGGGACGCGGAGAAGCGAGACUUCAAAAAGGAGAAGGAAGAUGACGGCGAGGAGCCGAUGGUGAAGAAAUACAAAGACGAGGACGAGGAGAAGAGGAAGCAGUCUGAAGAAAAGGUCCUGAAAAAGGAGGAAUCACGUGAUGAAGACGACGACGAUGAAGGCAGCACAGCAAACGCUGAGGAGUACGACCCGAUGGAGGCUGAAGACGACGAUGACGACGAUGAUGACAAGGAUGACGAGGAUUCACUCGACAGAGAGCGGAGGGAGCGCAAGGAUGACCGGAAGUCGUCCAAAGAGAGGUCUUCUAAGGAUAAGGAGAAGAAGCAGAUGGUCACCCACAACAAGGAUCUGCUGAUGGCAUUUGUUUACUUCGACCAAAGCCACUGUGGCUACCUGCUGGAGCGAGACCUGGAGGAGAUCUUGUACACACUUGGGCUGCACCUUUCCCGCGCUCAGGUGAAGAAGCUACUGAACAAGCCGGUGGUGCGAGAGACCUGCUUUUACAGAAAGCUAACGGACAGAGACAAGGACGAGGCGGCGGCUUCUGUGAAUGAAUUACAAAUGGAAAGUCUUCUUGGCAACAAAGCUUUUCUUCCUGUUCUGAAAGCCGAACCACAAUCCAGUGAGUCCAGUGAUCUGGUCAUGUUCAACGGCGCCGUGGUGGACGUGGCUAGCAUGAUGCAGAAGCUGGAGAAGAGUGAGAAGGCCAGAGCAGAAAUCGAGCAGAAGAUGAUGCUUCAGGAAGCCCAGAUGGAGUUGGAAGCAAAAGCCAAGCUUCAGCUGGAACAGUCCAACAAGUCUCUGUCCUCGUCGUUGGAGGAGGUGAGCAAGAGUCUGGUCCAGACGGAGCAGGAUCUGAGCACCAUGGAGGAGCUGAAGAAGCUUUACCAGGCUCAGUUCAGGAAGACCUGCCGCACCCUGAUGGACUCGGUCAGAGGGAUGCUGGAAGUGAUGAAGCAGGACAAAGACGAAGAGGGCUUUAAAGAAGAGCUGCUCUCCGACCGACUCCUCUCCUCCAUGAUGUCGCAGACGAACGGAGCGGACGAACAAAGCCAAGACUGACAAACGGCCACUAAACUAGUGCUGUUUGGACCUAGCGCUGCAGCUCCACCUGUCUUGUUUCUUGUACGGAGGAUUUUAACUGAGGAAGCCCACUGUUUGGUAACUGUGUUGUCAGUCCGCUGCAGGUCUGUGUCCAGGAUCUUGUUUUCUAACCAGCAAUAACGAUGCUAUUUAUGUGCGAGAGGAUUCAUCAAACAUAUUUAAUAGAAACUAAUUUUGGAUGGAGAAGGUCGAUCAAGUGACGUUGCCUCCAUUUGCUGCUGCUGCUGCGUUGAAUAAAAACUUGAAGUUUGAUGUUUGCCUCAACCAA